AUGGCACCUAUCAACAACAAUGAAGCCUCCAAGCCUAUUGACGUCGUCAUCAUUGGCUCCGGACCCGCAGCACACACCGCCGCAAUCUACCUCGGCCGUGCCGAGCUCAAGCCCGUUUUGUACGAGGGUUUCCUUGCAAAUGGCACUGCCGCCGGGGGCCAAUUGACUACUACUACCGAUGUCGAGAACUAUCCCGGAUUUCCCGACGGUAUCGGUGGCACCAAGUUGAUGGAGCAGAUGCGCGCUCAAUCUGAGCGUUUCGGUACCAAGAUCAUCACUGAGACUAUCUCCAAGCUCGACCUCUCCAACCGUCCGUUCAAGCUCUGGAACGAGGGUAAUGAAAAUGGAGAGCCCAUUCUGGCUAAAACGAUUGUCCUUGCGACGGGUGCCUCUGCGCGCCGCAUGGAACUCCCCGGCGAGGACAAGUACUGGCAGAAUGGUAUUAGUGCAUGCGCCGUGUGCGACGGCGCAGUGCCCAUUUUCCGCAACAAACCGCUUGCGGUUGUGGGCGGUGGCGACUCUGCUUCAGAAGAGGCAACGUACCUGACCAAAUACGCUUCCCACGUAUACGUCCUUGUCCGCCGUGAUCAGCUGCGUGCUAGCCAGAUUAUGAGCAAUCGCUUGCUCAACCAUCCUAAGGUGACUGUGCUUUUCAACACUAUUCCUAUCGAGGCCAAAGGGGAUGGCGAGCUCCUGACGACUGUUGUCACCAAGGACACCCAGACGGGCGAAACCAAGGAUCUCGAAGUAAAUGGCCUGUUCUAUGCAAUUGGCCACGUUCCCGCAACGUCGAUUGUCAAGGGCCAGUUGGAUAUGGACGAAGAAGGCUAUGUAAAGACUAACCCAGGCACGUCGCUGACGUCUGUGAAGGGCGUAUUUGCUGCUGGUGAUGUGCAGGACAAGGUCUACAGACAGGCUAUUACAUCCGCUGGCACUGGCUGUGCGGCUGGUCUGGAAGCAGAAAGGCUACUUGCUGCAGAGGAAGUCCUUUGA